UCCGUAACUACAGCGUCAAAAUGGCUGACUUAGACGAAGAUAUUCCACCUCUUGAAGAUAUGACCACUGUCUUGCAGCAAGUUCAAGCAUUAAAAUUGGAAAAUCGAUCCAGUAAUAUUAUAAGUUCAUCAAACACAAAUGAGAAAAGAACAGAAAGUGUUACUCCUAAAAGUGCACAACAUAUUAUAUCACCUGUUGCAAAUAGUAAAGCUACAGAUAAAUCUGCAGUAAAUAAGCAGAAUGAGAAAAAAACACAAUCAUUUGGUGGAAUGAAGAAAGGAUUUUUAUUUGGUUCUUCAAGUAACACACAGAAAAAGAAUAGUAAACCAGCGUCAAACACAGAUGAUAUUCCCUUUGUGAAGUCAAAACAACCAGAAAAACCUGAUUUAAAUCUAUGCGAAGUACAAGAGGCUAUGAAAGCUAGUGAAAACAUAUUUCAAAACCGAGAAUGGGUAACAGACGAUCUCUUGAAGAAAGUGGAGAAAAAUGAAACAGUUUUCAGCAAAUUAUCAAAUCCAGAAUUUGCUAAAGCAAUCACUGAAUUUCAAACCAAUCCUCAGGCUGCUAUGAUGAAAUAUGCCAAUAACUCUGAAAUGCAAAAUUUUCUCAAAGAAUUUUGUGGAAUAAUGGGAGAUCAUUUUUCAAGUUUUUCUGAAAAACAGGGUAAUGGUGUAACUUCGGGAAGUAAUAUGAUUCCUUCCAUUAGAACAAAAGAAACAUUACCAGAAAAUGAAAUACAACUAUCCCAAAUUUCCCCACAAAUUUCUAAUGAGGAUGAAAACAAAAUACAAGAUAUAUUAAGCUCUCCACAUAUAAGACAAGUAUUAAUGGAUGAGCAGAUUCAAAAAUUAUUUCAAAUUCUAAAAACAAAUCCUCAAGCAGGAGAAAGGUUAUUAAAAGAAGCCAGUGGAGAUAUGGAAGAGAAGAUAAAAAUAUUAGUUGAUGCUGGACUACUUCAAGUGCAACAAAGAUGAUAUUUACCGGUACUAAUGACCUAAAUAUUGAUAGACACCAAAUCUACCAGAGAAUUGAACUAUACAGAUAUACUUUGGGUUUACAGUGUGACAAUGUGAAAAUAAACUAGUUUACAUCUUUCAAAAUACAGAUAUGUAUAACCAGAAUGGAUAAUAUUGUGUGGACUGACAAAUUAUGUAAGAUACAUGAUGAUUGCAAAGGCUGAUGAUAUGACUGUUUAUAUGUAUAAUAUAAUUAUUUUGUAAU